GCUUAUUGUAUAGGACCGUGAGGGACCAGAUGAGGGCGUUCCACUCGAGGCGAGGGGAUUGGGGAGAUCGUGACCUCUCCAAUGCCGAGGCGGCCGAUUGCAGGGGGGAUAGUGAGACCGAGCGAUGUGCAGCGUGGUGGUUCGAGCAUGGACGUGCCCACCCGGAGUUGCGCACCAUCGCCAUCCGUGUCAUGCACUUGUGGACGUCUGCCUCUCCAGCGGAGAGGAACUGGGUGGAGCACGAGCGCGUCAGCACGGCGAGGCGCUGCAAGCUUGUGUUCGCCAAGCUUGCACAACUGGUUGAGAUUGCCACCAAUCUCAAACUGGCCUCGUGCGCACGGCAGGGUGGUGGCUACGUGUUGCCAUGGGUUAUGGGGACCGGUCGGGGGGGGAUGGCAGCAGAGGAGGAGGAUGAGGAGGGAGAUGUGGAGCCCGAGGUGUGGGGAGCGCGACCUGAUGGCAGUGUUCUCGAGCAAGAGAUCCAGCGGCAGAUUGUCGCUUUCCGUGACAGCCGACCGUCCAGAGCCCAUUUGGUUCGGGACGUGUUCGGCAGCAGAGCGACGGAGCUGCGACUGUGGCCGGAGGGUGGGGAUGAUGUGGACGCUGCUGCGGCAGGUGACGACAUCGACGACGAUUGGACUGACGAUGAUGACACGCCGCUGAGUUGCGACCCGACGGCUGAGCGAGUGUACUUCACUUACGGUGGGGGUCGUGACGGCAUGGAUUCACACACAUCAGUUAUCACUGGUGGUGUGCCGUCGACCGUGCAGGCGAGUGGCAGCAGCAGAGCCGGCAGUGGUCUUGGAGGACGUUCGCAUGCGGAGGUUCGCAUGGACGACUCGGGGGAGCAGCAGCCACGGGGAGGUCUUCGGCACACAGGCAGGCGUUGGGAGGUUAGGAGCGACAUCGAGGCCGAGGGGGAGGCCGAGGAGGAGGAGGUGCCCCUUCGCGAUCGUCGCUUCUCUCCCUCCCAUCAUCCGAUCUCUGCACAGCUCGAGGCACUUAGGCGUUCAGAGAGGUUGGCGUCGGCAGCAGGUAGAGACCGGACACAUGACAGCGAGGAUCGUGGGGGGGAGAGGACUCCUUCCGAUGCCGGUAUCCGGCCCCGCUCGCCGUCAAGGAGUUUGCCACAGUGGGAGGGUCGGUUCGCGUAUCUCGACGAGCAGCGUCGGCAAGAGGGACUUGGAGACAGGAGGGGGGGGAGCCGUGACGUCGGCGACUUGGUUGUCCCUAAGGAGGCGGUUCAGGGGGAGUUUGAUUAUGAGGGGCAGGAUGUCGCCGCGGGUGGUGGGUCAGGUGGUGGACGACGCAACGAUGAGGAGACCGCGGGUGUCCCUGAGGGGCAGGAUGUUGUCAUGGGAGGUGGGUCCCCUAGUGGGGGCCGUGGCAACAGCGAGACCGCGGGUGAUGAGGGUCAGGGUGCCGCAGUGUGCGGCAGAGGAGAGGGUGGACCCGGUGGAGACGAUGGACCGGACGGCGACGAUGACGGUGGAGACGAUGGACCGGACGAUGACGAUGACGAUGACCACGGUCCCGAGGACGAUCCGUAUAGGCUCGCCUUGCUAUUGAGGGAUCCCACAGUGCCUCCGUUGCACCCUGCCGACACAACCCACACAUUCUUCGACGCCGACGCUUUGGCGCAUGCGUUGACGGAUGACCAUUUCGCACACGUCAGCCGCAAGACCGGCAUGGAGCGGGCCCCUGGGAGGGUAUAUUUACCGCCGCCGUUCGCAGUGCAGAGCCCUCACUGGUCGGGUUGGUCGCUCAGCGGCGUUAGAGGGAGGGAGUCCGGUGCGGGUGAGGUGGGGUCCGGCAGACGGAGCGACGACGACAGAGAUAGUGCAGGAUCGAUGCCUCCACCGCCCGCACGGACUUCGAAGGCCAGGGUCGACACCGGGGACCGGACGGUGGCACCCGGAGUUGCGCACAGUGACGGUUCCCCGCCGCCAGUCCAAGGAGGUGUGGGUGGCGGAUGGUCAAUUGUUCAUCGGGUCGGGGACCGGUUGCGGGCGGAUCACGACGUCGAGAGGGGCAUCUUCACGGGACGUACGCCUGUUCAGACGCAGGGUGCGGAGGAUGGGUCCGGACGUUCGAGCCUGCAAAUGGCAGGCCGCAUGCUUGGUUUGUCACGAGCGGAGACGAGGAGGACAUUGGUCCUCAAGGCCGCAGGGAUAUCCACGGAAAGGCUGCGGGGAGAGCAGUUCACAUCGAGCGAGGAGGGGUUGCCGAUGCGUCCCGGGACGAGACGACAGCAUGGCCUCUCGGAGGUUGAGGCUCGACUCGCUGCAGGGGUCGCCGCUGGACAUGCAGCAUUAGACGCGAUUCAGAGGGAGAGAGAGAGGGGGAUUGCUGCACAUGCGGAGGAGGACGAGGACGCAGACACUGAGUCCGAGCCGAUCGAGACUGCGGCAUGCAGACACAGGGCGCAGGUGGCCGCGGCGGCCGCUGCGGCACAUGCGGCAUACGUCAGUAGGGCACGGGGCACAGGUGCCGGAGGGAGAGGAGGGCGCCGGGGAGGACCGCAUGGCCGCACGUCCUCCGGGAGAGGCCGCGCGCGCUCUGGUGGGAGAUGACGACGUCCGUGGUGUUUUUUGCCACUCGGUUGUACAGUAGAGACGACGUCCGUCGAUGGGUCCAAUUUUUUUUUUCUACUCUAUUGUGUAGCAGAGACAAUGGGUCCAAUUUUUUUUUCCUACUCGGUUGUACAUUAGGGUUUUCAUUUUUUUUCUUUCGUACUCUGUUUUCAUUAGAGACGAUAUGGACAUUAGGGUUUUUUUUUUUUUUUUUUGCUACUCGGUUGUACAGUAGAGACGACGCCCGUCGACGGGUCCAGUUUUUUUUUGCUACUCUGUUGUGUAGCCGAGACGAUGGGUCCAGUUUUUUUUUGCUACUCGGUUGUACAGUAGAGACUACGGGUCCAGUUUUUGGCUUCAGCCUUGUACAUACGCAUUUCCAUUGAAAUGCUUUGUCAUAUAUUUUCUCUUGUUCUUGUUCCUCCGCCAACAUUGGUCUUGCAUAUAAGUCGCUGUUGUCUGGUGAUUGUUUUCUGCUUUGUUGUCGUGAUUGUUGCAAAUUAUGUGCUUCUCCGAUGCCACGCACGUGCAUGUCAUGGAUGCCUCCAUUAUGAAUGUGCUGUUAAUUUCAGAUGCAACAUAGGGAUGACGUGCUAAUGAAUGUGUUCUUAAAUAAAUGAUGUGCUAAUGAAUGUCCAUCAGUCUC